AUGAAUAACAAAGUCAGUUUGCCCUAUGAAACGUGUGAAAUAAGGAAAGUAGCCUUUGAGCUCCCCAAGGAAUUUCACCCGAAUGUGAAAUACGGCUUCUUCAGAAAUUUUCUUUUCGGGAAAUAUACCUUCUACUACUUCAAAAGCAUUUUUAAAGUAUCCGCAAAGGUGUCUGCAGGUUUUCUCCUUUUUUACUACCCCCUGGAUAAAGUCCACUGCAACAUUCGCAGAUUUAAAAAUAAUUUAAAGAAACAGAAUUAA